AGCUCUCAGGCGUUCCAGCUGCUUCCCGGCCUGCAGGAGUCCUACGAAGCGUUCCAAUCCAGCGGCGGUCAGGCCUUGCUCCAGUCUCACUUCCGGGAUCUCUUCGCCCGCUACAACGUGACCAAUCAGUUUGGAGUUGCCCUGGUCCAUCGGCACUUUAACCUCGGAGACGAUGAAAUCCUGGUCGACGUCAACGGCACCUCUACCCCGUGGCAGAAACCUCGCCCAAAUGGGGUGAGCGGUUCUCUUCGCAGGUAUGACCGGCUCAUCCGACCUCAGUCCUGGACGGCCGAUGACGAUGGGCACCUGAUGCCGUACGAGUUCUUCCUCGACGAGGAUUCCAACGAGGCCGAUGACCUGCAGUCCGUAGACCCUUCCUUCCUGGCAGACUUCCUUGCCCUCCUCACCAACCUUAAACUCACGGGCGUGCUGGGGCUCCGCCUCAUCAGGGGACCCGAGUCUCGGCGUAUCGAGGUGACGGAGAAGAACGCCAACAUCACGUUUCCC